GGGACCCGCCGUGAACUCCACGACGUCGCGGAUCAUCAACGUCGGCUUCGAGAAGGGUCCAAAAUGCCGUCAGGUCACUGCCGAUGUCGCGCAUCGUCCACGUUGCCGUUCCGUUUGGUUUGAGGUGAACGAGAUUUCGACGAGGCGCGAUGAAGUCUGUAUACAAGUUGUUCCUGCUGUGCCUUAUCUUCGCCGCGUUGAUAAUAUUGCUCAAUGUGACCACUAACAAGCUGUACGACCAGCCGGCCGCAAGCAGGGAGCGUCUGGCGCUCUUGAAGAAAUCGUCUCCGGGUGGUGGUACGUCUACGGCGACGUCCGAGGUGACGAUAUGCGUGGUGGUGUGUGGAGACAGGUUGCACGAGGCCCUGACUAUGCUCAAGUCGGCGUUGGUCUUCACCAGCAGGCCGCUGCAGUUCGUAAUACUGGCAGAGCAGAAUCUAAUACCGGCCUUCAGCGAGAAGCUGUCGGAGUGGCGGCUGAUAUCCAAUAAGACCUUUGACUUUCUGCUGCGGCCUAUCACUUUCCCGGACGGCAGUGACGUGGCCAUGUGGAAGAAGCUGUUCAAGCCCUGCGCGGCGCAACGACUGUUUCUACCGACUGUGUUGAACGACACAGACGCGGUGCUUUACGUGGACACCGACACCCUGUUCCUGGCACCACCAGAGAGGAUCUGGGACGAGUUUAGAAAGAUGAAUUCGAGCCAGCUGGCGGCGCUCAGCCCAGAACAUGAGGAUCCUAACACUGGCUGGUACAAUCGAUUCGCCAAGCAUCCGUAUUACGGCAAGCUGGGCGUCAACUCGGGCGUGAUGUUGAUGAAUCUGACGAGGAUGCGGGAGUUCCGGUGGACGGAUUACGUGAUCCCCAUUCACCGGGAGUACAAGCUGAAGAUCACCUGGGGAGACCAGGACAUCAUCAACAUAAUAUUUCACUAUCACCCGGGGCGACUGUACGUGUACUCAUGCCGGUACAACUACCGGCCGGACCACUGCAUGUACAUGUCGGUGUGCGCGGAGGCAGAGCGGGAAGGUGCCCUUGUACUGCACGGUUCCCGUGGCACGUUUCACUCACAGAAGCAACCGCCAUUUAAGGCCGUCUAUCGUGCGAUGCAGGAGUACCAGCUGAACGCUGACCCGUACGACGAGCUGCUCGUGCCGAUGAGGAAUUAUCUGGCGAUGGAGGACAAGUCCAACUGCGGCCGCGUCUCGAAGGUGUUCAUCAUCCAGCCAGAGCUGCAUCUGGCUGCCCAUUAACUUCUGAAGCUUCUUCGCUCGUUCGUAUCGAAAUUAUACUUGCGUGUAUUCGUGCGCGUGAGCGUUUUGUCUUCUUAUAUUCUUUUAUAAAAAUUUUUAGAUUUGUUUCGUUAAUCGAUAUAUAGAUGUUGUACGGACACGUUGAAGCAAUAAGACGAAUAUAGGGUAUAAGCAUUCGUACGUAUUCGCGAAGUCACUUUCGGCUGUAAACGUAAUAUUGUCUGCGCUCUUCCAAUUACGGAAUUCUGAAGCAAAUUAGCGACGUUUUUCUAUUAGAAAUUUUUUUUGAUAAAUUUUAAUUUUAUAAUUUAGAAAAAAUGUUAAUAUGUAAAUAAAUGUUUUGUAAUAUGAAAUUAUUUAAUAUAAAAUCGCCCUCUGCCGUUUUUCAUUUUUGUGCAUAUUUUAAUUGUGUAAAAAAUUUUGAAAUUCUAUAAAAUUAAAUCACAAAUAUUUUCUAGUAAAGAAAUAUUGGUAGUUUGCUUCAGAAUUCUUUUAAGACAGAGAUUUUUGAUCCUAAAAAAUACUUAACUAUAUAAAUAUAUAUAUAUGUCUUAACACAUUAUGGACUGGUAUAGACUUAAAGAAAGUAACGUUAAAGCAUAAGAGGAGCUGAUCAUGACACAUGCUUAUAUAUAUAUAUAUAUAUAAGCAUUUUGCCUAAUCAUAUAAGCAUUUUUACAAGACCAUGUACUGUUAUUACACGAUAUGUAAAAAGAAACACAACGUGUGUGAAUUGCACGCCGUUAACAAUGUAUUCGAUUAUUCACGUGUUCACGAGGGAACUACGAAUUUGCGUGGCCCGUCCACAAUGUGUUAAGUCCAGAAGAGUCCUAGACUCGAGAUUCGCGAGCGUAAUAUUGUGCGCAAAUUAACGAAAGAGAAAGAGAGAGAUUAUAAACGUGUUAAUUCCAAGCGAUUCCAUAUAGACUGAACUUUUUCUAUAGUGCAUUUGAGUUUUUUUGUUAACAAGUGCGCUAUGUUGUUACUGUUUGUACUGAGGUGGCGAUGCGGGGUAUACAUAUAUGUUGUUAUGCAUUUUUACCUGAUAAUCUUUCGACAAUACUCGAGAAGUGCUGAACGAUCGGCGCUUAUCUUCGGAAUACUCGGCCCUCGGGCAGGAUAUCAUCUGUCAUUGUAUUAAAUACAUUAGAUACUAGAGCCAUUUGAUGUGCAAGUUGAGAGAAAAAAAUGUCAGUAUAUUGUUAAGAAUAACGAUUCUUGCUUCCAUUGUUUAUAUGGGCCCUACGUGUGUGCAAUCUGUCGGAGAUAAGCACUGAUCGCACGACGCGGGACUACUUUGAAAGUGACUCACGCCCAGUUUCGAAAAUCUCUCUAAAAUCACGAAUCUGCUUCUCUGACUGUAACGAAAGAUAUAAUAUUGGGCUGUAUUAUAUUUUCAAAAUAAGCGUGUCUCGUAUUUUAACGGGACAGUUAAAUUGGUAGGUAUAAUGAGUAUAUGAAUUGUAGUAUUAUAUGCAUAUAAUGAAUUACAAAUUCCGACGAGAGUGUUCAUUCGAUUUUUACAAUUUUUCUCACGAAUUUUUUGUACGGUUUUGUACGGUUUUUGUAUGACACGCAUUUUGCAUCGUUCAACGACCUGGCGACACGAUGCCAUUUGUGAUACUUUUUCCAUAGGUAUUAUACAAUACAAGCUUAAAUAAAAGAUCUGUCUAAAUA